UCCAUUGCUGUUGCGCAAUCCAAUUAGCUCAGAGUUACAUCGAUAAGAAACUGGACCAGAUCACCACAGAGGCUAUUUGUGACCAGUGGUGCAUCUGUUAGUUGACUGGUAAACAAUUUGAAGCAUCAGCACAGGUUUUACUCCAGGGCUUUUACAAGGGAUCUACAGUGAGGACUAAAUAUUUUUUUGAAGCAACAACAAACAAAUUAAGAUGGUGUCCACUUCAUACUUGUUGGCAUUUAUCUUCUUCUGGACAGGGUUAUCGGCACAAUUUAUUGUUCCACCAUGUGACAUCGACACGUUUGAUAGCAAAGUUGACGUUUGCCUGUCAGUCUUCAACAACAGCAUGGAGACAAGUAACUAUCACGACAUAUGCCCCUGGCCGACAGUUAAACGCAUCUACAAUCAUCUGAAGCAUUGUAUGGAUGACUCGGCAAAAGCAACUUGGUGCGGGGGUCGCAAAUUUCUGCUAGAUGAAAUCUUCCUGGAGGUCCAUAAGGAAUACUUUUCGCUCUGUGGACAGGUCCAAGACCCCCCAAUCACCACUCUAAUUAUGCUUACAGCACCUGGUAUCAUUGCCACAUUCUUCUUGCCCCUACUGUGCCUUAAACUGGUCACCUGGAACAAAGAGAUGCCCUGCACUGUGGGGCUCUGAUGUGCUGAGAUGACAAAGGAAAAUUGCAGUAUUUUUUAAUGAUAUUUUUCUGUUUUAUGCACAAGUAGGCCACCUGUGUUUUGGUGCUCAGAGCGUAAAACACACAAUCACUGCGGUUACGUAGAUAAAAGAAGAAAAACUGAAGAAAAAAAUAAGUACCAUUUAAUUUGAUUACCCAGUGGAGGGCUGGGGGGACAACUAUUAAAAUGUUCACUUUGAUUGGGCAACUAUACUUAUUUGAACCAGAGUGCAAAGACAAUAAGGAAAGAGGAAAUUAGCACCCAGUUGGGCCAAACCUAGCCCACCAU